AUGGAUAAAGGCAGGAGAAAGAAGGCAACCAUUGGGGUUUUUGGAAAAUCAGGAGAAGGAAAGAGUUCUUUACUAAAUUCAGUCUUGGGGAAGGACCUACUGCCAUCUGGUUGUUAUGGUGCCUGUACAGCAGUUACUACUCAGGUUGAAGCCAAUCUGGAGGAUUCUGAUUACAAAGCUGAGAUUGAGCUAAUCUCUAAAGAGGAGUGGGAAAAGGAGCUUAAAGAUCUAUUCAGAGAUAUAACUGCUGAUGGUGAGGACAAAAAUGAGGAAAUAAUUGAAACUGCUGAAGAAAAAAUCACUGCACUGUAUGGAACUGAUGCAGAUAAGAAAACAUUAGAAGAGCUCAAGAAAGAUGACAAAUUCGCUAAGAUUGAAAACUUUCUGUCCAUCAAUCCAGUAACAAUCUCAAACACUGAUCUCUGUGAAUUUACCAAUGCUGUUGCAAGUUACAUUCAACACAGUGAGUCUAGUCCUGGUGGCUGGUACUGGCCACUUGUGAAGAGUGUGACCAUCAAGAUUCCAGACUGCCAUGAACUCCUGGAACACAUUGUGCUUGUGGAUCUUCCUGGGACUGGAGACUGCAACAAGACUCGAAAUGACCUUUGGAUAUCUAAACUAAGAGAAUGCUCUUCUGUGUGGAUUGUAAGUGACAUCAAUCGAGCAAUCACUGACAGAGAUCCCUGGGGGAUAUUAAAGCACUGCAUUGAAGAACUGGGACCAGGUGGAAAAUGCAAAAAUAUUAAAUUUAUCUGUACAAAGACAGAUAUCAUCAAUCCAGCAGCCUAUAUUAGAUCUGCACGACUUCAGUCAGUUUCCCCUGAUAAAAGAAAUGCAUGCAUACUACACAGAAAUGAGCAUGCCAAGGCGAAGGUGAAAGAAAAAUUUGAAAAGUCUGAAAUCAAGAAAAUAUUCAGUACUGACCAUCACUUUCAAGUUUUUACUGUACGUUCCAAUGCAUUCUUUGACUGCAAAUUCAAUCUGCAACCUACCGAAACAGAAAUCUUACAGCUUCAGGAUGAUCUAAGGAGUCUUAACAAGAGCAUUAACAGAGAGCUGGCACAAGAUUUUGUAAAUAAAGCAAAGGGAACUUUGCUCUUGAUACAAAGUGGCCAGAUAAAUACAACCAAGAAAACGGAUGAAUUGAAAGGCAAAGUCCGCAUUGAAUAUAAGAAGAACCUAAGGAAAUCUCUAAAUGAACUGGACAGAUAUUUUGACAGCAUUUAUAAUGUUCUGGAGCAGGGUCUUUCAAGGGGAGUGGAACAAUCAGUGCAGAAAUGUGUCGCUUCCACAAAGGAACUGAUAGCACCGAAAAUGGAUGGAAGAGGGUUCCAUAAAAUCCUCAGUGCUUUGUGCAAGAACCAUGGGUGCUAUUGGUCGAAAAAUUGGAAUAAAAUUCUAGAUCUGAACAAGGAACUAGCCAAACAUUUGCAAGAAUGCAUUGAUGAUGAUUUCAGACAGAUAUUUCCUGUUAGUGGAAAAACAGGUAGAUCAGUGCAGGAGCAGAUUGAUAAAUUCACUAUCAUUCAGAGUGACUCUGCUUACCUCAAGCAUCUGAUAUUACAACCAAUUAAGAACUACAUCCAAAUCCAGGAAACCAAACUGAAGGCAUCACUUAACAUUGUUGACACGAAGAAGGACAUCUACUCAUCAAUUCAAACAACUAUUAUGAAUGAAAUGUCAAGAUGCUAUGAAGAAGCUGCAUCUAUAACAGGAGUAGGAUCCAUGAAGAAAAAGCAAGAACUGUUAUUAACCACAGUUGAUCAGAAAAAAGAAGACAUGAGCAAUAAAGCAAAAACGGAGGUGCUUAAAAAGUUGAACAACUUUAAGGUGACCACAAUGGCUUAUCUCAAAUCAAGAUUAAAGAUAGAAAUAAAACGGUCACUGAACCAAACCAGCAAAAGCACAUGGAAGGAUGUCUCUAGAGAAAUGAAAGAGCUGGAGAUGCUUUCAGAACUACUGACUUACUGAUGGUCAUCACACUAUUAGAAGUCCAGAAACAAUACAAAUCAUAAACUGAAUCUGUUAAAUUGACAUGUUAUGCAUUAUGAUUAACGGUUUUCUCUAGUU